AUGUCUGAGACUUUAGCUCCCGGAAAAAAGAAAGUUACAGCCAUCUUUGAUGUCAUAUUCCUCCAAAUGGAAUCUCCGAUUGUUAUUGUGGACGGAGGUGGUGUCAUGGAGGGCUCCUUAUCGGGCGCCGACAGUGGAUAUGCUGCUGCAGCUGACGAGGGCCGCGGGGGGGGGGGUGCCACAGUGGACUCUAUUGGUGUACCUCCAGCCUUGACAGGGGAAACAGGUCUGGCAGAGCUUCUUCUGGACACUGCCUACCUCAACAGCCGGUGUCGAGAGGACGACAAAGAUGUUGGGGCCGCUUUCCCGGUUGUUCCCCCAGCGGAGGAAAAUUCUGCAUGCCUAAGAUCUCGAACCUGUUGGCCAGUGGGAUAUCCUGGGAUGACAGAGAAGGAGGAAAAGGCAGGCAUGCUGUGCAGCACCUAUCCCUCCCUACAGCUGUCCAGGGCUCUGUUUGACGUGGAGUGA